GAUCAAUUUCAUUCAUUCAUUGCGUUUUUUUAUUGUCAUGAUAUGAUGAGCGACGUGCCCUGAAGUUUAAUAAAACAACGAGGCAGUUUUUAUUUAAUAUAAUUUUGUUUAUCUAACUGUGCGUUUAGUUACGAAGUUACUGCUGCAUUAUAUGUAACUUUCAUUCCACGAGUCACACUGUUGAAAAGGUGUGGGUUUGUGACGAAUGGACUGGUAGCUAACCUCAGUCCCUUCCUGCGAACGUACUUCUAUGAUUGUUGCAACCAGGAUCAGCGACCAUGGCAGAUAAAAUAAAAGUCAAGUCCAACUUUGAUAUGAAAGGUAAUUAUGAACCUUCAGAUUCGGAAGAUGAAUAUACUCCUCAAGAAAAAAAACUCUUGGAAAAGGUACGGAAGAGAAAACAUCAUGAUUCGGAAAGUGAAGAAGAAAUGUAUGCAUUUUCUGAGUCAGGUGAGUCAGAGAACGAAAAAGAUGUUAGCAUUGCUGAUAGCGAUGUAGAAGGACAAGAACAGUCUGAUGAUGAUCUACCUGAUUCAAAAGCUUGGGGCAAAAAGAAAGGAUCAUAUUAUGCAACUGAUUAUGUUGAUGAAGACUAUGGAGGCUUUGGCAAUGAUGAAGAAAUUGCAUUAAUGGAAGAAAAAGAAGCAAAGGAUAUUCAGAAAAGACUUUUGGAACAACUUGGGGAAGAAGAUUUCACUCUUGAUUUUUUGACAAAGCAAGUUGCAGAUGCUGAGGAAAAAGAAACUGUGAUAAAAAGUGACCUAAGCCAGUUGUCCAAAAGACAAAAGUUGCAGCUACUUGAGAAAGAAAGCCCAGAAUUUGCAGGAUUAAUUGAUGACUUCAAAACAAAAUUAACAGUAGCAAAAGAUGAUUUACAUCCUCUCUUAGAGCUUGUUAAAGAUGGCAAACUCCCCACAUGUCCUGCCUCAAAAUUUGUUAAAACAAAUUAUGAUCUUAUUUUAAAUUACUGCACUAAUAUAAGUUUUUAUUUACUCCUCAAAAGUCAAAGAAUCAAUAUUCAAAAUCACCCUGUAAUAAAAAGAUUGUACCAGUACAGACAGAUGUUAAACAAAAUGGAACCAAUUUACUUGGAAGUCAUUAAACCUCAAAUAGACAAAAUACUCCUUGCAGUGAAGAACAAUCUGGAACUACAUGUUACUGAAAUCAAGGAACUAAAUAAAGAUAAGAAACGUAAAUCUGGAAGACAGUCACCUGAAUCAACACCCAAGAAGUUGAAACUGAUCAAUGCUUUAGAAAAGGAUGAAGGUGAAGAUACUGGAGUCUCUGAUGAUGACAAUGAAUAUGAAAGCAAUGACUUCUUCAAGUCUGACAGCGGAGUUGAUGUUCAAAGAAACCAAGAUGAAUCUGAGGAGAGUGGAUUUUCUGAUAAUGAUACUUCCCCUCAUGAAAUUGAGAAUGAAGAAAAUAAACCUUCAAGCUCAUCACAGGAUAUUGUUCCUGAAGAUGUUGGUGAAAAACGUGAGAUUACAUAUCAAAUUGCCAAGAACAAGGGCUUGACUCCUCAUAGAAAGAAGGACCAAAGAAACCCAAGAGUCAAACAUAAGCUUAAAUACAGGAAAGCUAAGAUCAGGAGGAAGGGAGCUAUCCGUGAGCCCAGAACAGAGAUGACCAGGUAUGCCGGAGAAGCUUCAGGAAUAAAGGCCAAUGUCAAAAAGAGCAUUAAAAUUAAGUGAAACUCGUUUAUUUUAUCAAAAAUAUUGUAACAAGUUUAUUAUAUUAUUAAAGUUGUACUUCAAUGAAAA